AUGCAAUUACAUAUAUCUCCAAGUUUACGACAUGUUACCUUGCUUCCUGGGAAAGGUGUGAGGGAGUUGAUACAACUUAAGGUCGGCUCUCGAAGGUUAUCUUACAAGAUGCUUUUCUAUUCCCUUUUGUUAUUCACAUUCCUCCUUCGAUUCAUCUACGUCUUAACUACUGUUGACACCGUUCAUGAUCACACCAAAUGCUCUAUCGUUGGUUGUUUGGGGGAAAAACUAUCGCCCAAGUUAUUAGGGGGCAGGAACCUUCAAUCGGCUUCAGUCCCACAAGUAAUAUAUCAAAUCUUGGAGGACCCAUCCAGCCAAGAUGAGAUAAUAGACAUUCCUCAAACUUUGGAAGAAUUUGUUACUAGUAUGAAAGGCAGCAACAGACCAGAUGCAAAGACCUUUGCCACCAAGCUUAAAUCCAUGGUUACACUUCUUGAACAGAGGAGUAGGACUGCAAAAAUCAAAGAAUACCUGUACCGGCACGUUGCUUCAACUGGCAUACCAAAACAGCUCCACUGCCUUGCCCUGCGGUUAGCCCACGAGCACGCCACUAAUGCUGAUGCUCGCCUCCAGCUCCCCUUGCCUGAGCUUGUUCCCGCCCUUGUUGACAACUGCUACUUCCACUUUGUUCUUGCAUCGGAUAACAUCCUUGCAGCAUCCGUUGUAGCAACAUCUCUAGUUUACAACGCGUUACGACCUCAAAUGGUGGUCAUUCACAUUAUCACAGAUAGAAAGACUUACUCUCCUAUGCAGGCAUGGUUCUCAUUGCACCCUUUGGCACCUGCGGUGAUCGAUCUCAAAGCAUUGCACCAUUUUGAUUGGUUUGCAAAUGGAAAGGUCCCAGUUUUGGAGGCCAUGGAGAAAGAUCAAAGGGUUCGUGCUGGGUUUAGAGGCGGGUCAUCAGCCAUUGUGGCUAAUAACACCGAAAAACCUAAUGUCAUUGCUGCAAAGUUGCAAGCCAUGAGUCCCAAAUACAACUCACUUAUGAACCACGUUCGAAUUUAUCUGCCUCAGAUGUUUCCAAGUCUUAAGAAGGUGGUGUUCCUAGACGAUGACCUUGUGGUUCAAUCUGAUCUAUCACCUCUGUGGGAGAUUGACAUGAAGGGAAAAGUGAAUGGAGCUGUUGAAACAUGUAGAGGCGGUGAUAAGUUUGUAAUGUCAAAGCGGUUCAAGAGCUACUUGAACUUUUCUCAUCCCUUGAUAUCAAAGAAUUUUGAUGCAAAUGAAUGUGCUUGGGCCUAUGGGAUGAACAUAUUUGAUCUUCAAGCUUGGAGAAAGACAAACAUAACCCAAAAUUACCAUUAUUGGGUUCAAGAGAACUUGAAAUCAGAUCUAAGUUUGUGGCAGCUAGGAACAUUACCUCCAGGUUUGAUAGCUUUCCAUGGUGAAGUGCAUGUUAUCGAUCCAUUUUGGCACAUGUUGGGCCUCGGAUACCAAGAGAAUACAAGCGUAGCAGACAUCGAACGUGCCGCUGUCCUACAUUUCAAUGGGCGAGCAAAACCUUGGCUAGAUAUAGCAUUUCCAAAGCUUCGAAGGCUAUGGACCAAGUACAUCAACUUCUCGGAUAAGUUCAUCAAGUCCUGUCACAUUACAGCAUCUUAACAAGGGCAAGGACCACCAAUUUCAAUCUUUUUGGUAUGUGUAUUAUAUUCAUUAGCUUUUGCAUUUUGUUGCUUCGAUGAUGGAUUCUUUUUCAUUUAUUAGGCCCUUGGCUUUUCCUCAUGUACACU